AACAAAUAUCAAGUAAUUGAACAUGUUCGAAUCAUAAGAAAAGAUGUAUCAAGUGCUAAUUUGAGUAGAGCAGCACUUCGAUAUGAUGAUUUUCAAUGUUUGCAUCCUUUCGUUUACAUUUUUUUACAUUUUUUUAUACUUUUGGUGCAUUGAUAUUUUCCGCGAGUCGGUUGGAUUGUGCUCACUUAGUGGUAUUUGAAAUUGAAUGAAAUAGAUUCAUUAUGGUUUCAUCACAUAUCAAUAUCGUUUUAUUGUCUCGUCACAAAAGCAUUUACUACUGUUUUCACUUUUGCCGUCAAUUUCAUUUGCGUUACUAUCAGAUGUCUACAAAACUCUCGUAGCAACCGUAUCGGUUACCCGCUACGCGAAUCGGUUGGGAAUUGACAGGGCCUAUCCCAUCUCGCUCUGUGACCGAUUCUCUCUCUCUCACACACGCACUGGCAUCUGUAGCGUGUGUUUACGUUUCUGAGCGGUUUGUUAUUGUUUCAAGAGGAAGGGCGCCGAAAAGAGUUGUGAAUAGAAUUUUGCAUGAUUUCCUUCGCUAAAGUGCGUGAUACAGUAUGUUUUUGAUACUGGAAAUAGUAAGUGAUAAAGGCGAAAAGGAGUGGAAGAUAGCACCCAAACGAUGGGUGUGCACGUCGAAAACCACCCAGCGACAAGUUCUGUUUUGGCCGGAUGAAUUCAGUGUCGAGCGACAAAACCAGCUUGCAAUCGAAGGAACGUGUAAGCCACUGCAGAGUUGGAGGCGGAAGGAAUGUGUUAUAAGGCAAGAGUUUCCUACUUACGAGAAGGCAAACGACGAACUGCAGGCUCUCUUAGUACAACAAAGCAAUCAGAUAAAUGAAAAAGCCGAACAACUUUUGGAUAUAGAGGCUCCGGAUAAGGAUGCUUCAAUGCUGGAAAAAAUCAAGUUAAUGCUGGAAUCAUUAAUUGCCAACAACGCUCGUAUCGAGGAACAAAGCGCAAAUAUAUUAGAACAAAAUGCUCGUAUCGUGAAUGAUAUGGCUCUUUUGCAAAAACGGGUUGAAGCUAUAGAAAGUAAAUUUGUUAAUACUACAACGAUUCUGUGUUCCGAUACUUCUUGGCAUAAACCUGAAGCAGCAUUGGACCAGAAUUGCCAGUCUCAUUAUUCCGACCGAAAAUUUUCCUUCAAACCACUGGAAACGCUGGAACAGCUUCUUCAAUUUGAUAUGAAUUUGAACGAUGAAUCAUUGAAAGCGGAGUUGGUGAAAGGGUUGCUUUCGAAAGUAGACGACGAUAAUGCAAUAUGGAGGAUGAAAAGCUGCGUGGAUUUGCUUUGUUCUCUAGAGCUUCAGUCAAAACUAAAGUGGAGUGGUCUAUCUCUCCUACCUAAUUUUUUGAGCGUGUUUAAAGAAGUGGGAAAAACGCCGUCAGAAAAUGUAACUUCUUGUGCGGUUGCUGAUUUUUUUAAGAGCCAUCUUAAAAACACAAAACAGCGGUAUCUGAUUAGCUUAUGUCGCAAGCGUGCUUCCUUUAAGAGAAAACCAAGAAAAAUGCUGCGACAGGGAAAUGAUGGUCCCAUUCUGCAAGCAGCUAGUUCCAGCUGUAUGCUUGUAAACCCAGCAGAUCCCCACACUGAUAAUUCAGACCGAACAUUUGCCUUUCAGUCUAUGGAAACCCCUGAGCAACUGAAGGAGUUAGAAGUGAAAUUAAACGAUGAAUCAUUUAAUGCGCAAAUGGUACAAUGGCUACUUUCCAAUGUAAAGGACGAUAAUACACCAUGGAGGAUGAAGCGCUGUGUGGACAUGCUAUGUUCUUUAGAGCUGCAAUCAAACAUGACGUGGUCCUGUAAACAUAAAUACACCCCAAAAGAACCUAUCGAUGACCUACGGAAUUUUUUAAAUUUGUUCAAAAUAGUCGGUAAAACGCCGUCAGAAUCUGUAACUGAUAGAUCACUUGUACAUUUUUUUACAAAUCAUUUCAAAAAUUCAAAACAGCGUUUUCUUGUUAGCUUAAAUCGAAAACGUGCUCCUAGUUGGAAAAGAGUGAAAAUAAAACAGGGACCAAAAGAGGAAGUGGCCAAUGAGCAGGCGGUUUAUUCGUUUGCAGUAAAUGAGAGCUCACAGGAUUUUAAUGAUGAAAACACAUAUUUGGAAGAAGAUAUAAUAGUGUAUGAUCCAAUAGACUAGUAUGAAAUUAUUUGCUUGAGGUGAAAAAAAAAUUAAAAAAUUAAUUAAUAAUUUGUAAUAUCGUAUUGAUUUUAUUUAACCUAGCACAUCUCCCACUCUUAUCAACUGAAGUAGUCGCGGCAGCGUGGCGAAUCUUUGCCCUCAGCAAAUCUAGAUGUCGAGCACUGCAACCCUUUGCAAUUUCUUUGUUUCAAUUUCUUCCAGUUCGUGCAUUCGCUCGUUUACCGCUACAUAGCAGUCCUUGCGGGAAUCGUAUUCGAUGAUGCCUAGGAAU